CCUCAGCACCGUCAGUAGUGUGUCGGGAAGCUCCGCUGCAACGGUUCACUGAAAGCCAACUACCGCUGAAACCGCUUUCUAGUACAAGUUCGGUGGUAUUAUGAAUGUUUUAUUUAUAGCUAAAAUAGAGGAAGAAGGAUAUUUCAGUGAUUCAAGCAUUUUAUUCAGCCCCUUCCUGUUGUUUUGUUCUUCCCUGGAUAUGUGUCGCUUUGAGAACUAAGAGCGGACCGUGCUGCACACCGGAGCCGGGAUGAGUGGGAGCUCCGCGGUGUCCGGCGCGGCGCCCUGCCGCUUCGCCCACUACUUUGUUAUUUGUGGGAUAGACACAGAAACGGGACUGGAACCGGACGAGUUAGCAGCUUUGUACCGGUGGCUAGAAGCAGACCGCCAAGGCAGGGAUCCAGACACUGCAGCCACAGGUGAAAACUUUGAGGAGAGUCCACUGAAGAGGACAUUCAAGUCAAAAGUUCUGGCACGAUACCCUGAGAACAUUGAGUGGAACCCCUUUGACCAGGAUGCUGUCAACAUGCUGUGUAUGCCUAAAGGCCUGUCAUUCAGGACGCAGGCAGAUCAGCGUCAUCCUCAGUUCCACUCCUUCAUCAUCACCAAGGAGGACGGCUCUCGAACCUACGGCUUUGUCCACACCUUCUACGAGCAAGUGACCAGCCCGCAGAUCUGCUCUGCCAUGCAGACCCUCUACCAGAUGCACAAUACAGAGCACGCCUCCGCAAACCCCCCUUCCUCUUCCUCAUCCUCCUCCUCCAGCAUGGACUCUCUGGCCAGCAGUUUAGAUGAGACCGACUCCCCCACCUCCUCAUCCCCCACAUCUUCAUCUCGUGCAGACAGCACCUAUGACUCAACACGGGACACCCUCUAUGUGUCCAAGGCCUUGUGUCUGAUCACACCCAUGCCCUUCAUGCAUGCUUGUCGCGGCUUCCUGUCACAGCUAUACAGAGCUGUUACAGCUGCCAGUGCACCCCCCCUUCCACUGGAAAGCUAUGCUUACAACAUCCUGUAUGAGGUGCCACUGCCCGCUCCAGGACGCUCGCUCAAGUUCCAUGGUGUGUACGAGCCCAUUGUUUGCCAGAGACCCGGGCUGGGGGAGCUGCCGCUGGCUGACUUCCCUCUGGCAGAGGCCUUCAGCCUGCUGGGAGUGGAGAAUCUGGUCCAGGUGUUCACCUGCACCUUGUUGGAGAUGCAGAUCCUUCUGUACUCACAGGACUACCAGCGGUUGAUGACUGUGGCAGAGAGCAUCACCACCUUGCUGUUUCCCUUCCAGUGGCAGCAUGUUUAUGUUCCAAUCCUGCCAGCCUCCCUCCUUCACUUCCUGGAUGCUCCUGUCCCCUACCUGAUGGGCCUGCAGUCCAAAGAAGGCACUGACCGGUCCAAACUUGAGCUUCCUCAGGAGGCCAACCUGUGUUUUGUAGACAUUGACAACCACUACAUCGAGCUUCCAGAGGACUUCCCAUGGUUCCCCAACAAGUCUGAGUUUAUUCAGGAGCUCCGCGAGGUGCUGUUGAGCUUUGGCAUAACUGACAACACAGGGGCCCCACCUCGAACCCGCUCCAGUCCCAGCAGCACCCCAUCUACCCCGGGUAGGGAGCGCAAGACCACCGCUUUCCGUCAGCUGGAGGAUGACGGGCGUAAUGGCAACCUGGCAGGAGAGGAGCUGACCGUAUUAGAGCUGCUACAGGGAAACGCUACACUGGAAAGACUGCAGGCGCUGACUAAACGCACAGGGGUGACUGUGGCCCGCGUGGAGGCCCUCAGGGCUGGAGUCAAACCUCAGGACACUGAAGAGCAAAGGGGCCGGACAGCUGCCGAAGAGGAGGAGCUAAGGAAUGCCAAGCUAAAUGUUCAGCUGAGGGAGGUGUUCGCCAGCCGCUUCACCACCAUGUUUGCAGACUACGAAGCCUUUGUCAUCCAGAGUGCCCCUGAUCUGGAGUCCUGGCUCACCAACAGAGAGCAAAUGCACAACUUUGACAAGGCUUCAUUCCUGUCAGACCAGCCAGAGCCCUACCUUCCUUUCCUGUCCCACUUUAUUGAGACGCAGAUGUUUGCCACCUUCAUUGACAACAAGAUCAUGUCCCAGUGGGAGGAGAAGGAACCUCUGCUCCGCGUCUUUGACGCUCGCAUUGACAAGGCCCGCCUCUACAAUGUCCGUGUUCCCAGCCUCCGAUCCUCUAGCUAUCAGAAAUGCUCCAUCCUUAAGGAGUGUGUUCAGGCCAUGGAGCAGCGACUGAUGAAGAUCGACCACACAGCCAUCCACCCACACCUGCUAGACAUGAAGAUUGGUCAGGGCAAGUACGAGCAGGGGUUCUUUCCAAAACUACAGGCUGAUGUGCUCAACACUGGACCCACCAAUAACAAGUGGUCUCACAGGACAGCUACAGCUCAGCACAAAAAAGAUCGCCACAAGCAACAAACAGAGCAUCUGAACCUCGAUAACGACCUGAAAGAGCAGGUGGAGGGCUGUCUGGUCCUGCAGAACUCCAUGGCAUUUUGGGAGUGGGACAAUGCGUCCCCUCCACCUGUCAAACCGCCAAAAAAAUCUGCCUCUGCAUCCUGCCUGUAUAUGCAGGAUGCCCGCAGCCUAGGGAAGAACCUGCGACAGCCCAAACUGUCCGACCUCUCCCCUGCCGUCAUCGCCCAGACCAACUGGAAGUUUGUGGAGGGGCUGCUCAAGGAGUGUCGCUUGAAGACGAAGCGUAUGCUGGUGGAGAAGAUGGGCCAGGAGGCGGUAGAGCUGGGCCACGGUGAGGCCAACAUCACCGGACUAGAGGAGAACACUCUAAUAGCCAGCCUGUGCGACCUACUAGAGAGAAUCUGGAGUCAUGGGCUGCAGGUCAAACAGGGGAAGUCAGCACUGUGGUCCCACCUGCUGCACUACCAGGCUCGUGAGGAAAAAAUGGAGCAGCAGCACGGCGAAUCACCAGUGUCUAACGUCCCUGAGAGGAGAAAGUCUGAUUGUUGUGUAGCGAUGCUGUCUCUACAUGUGUCUCUCUUUCAGGAUAUGAGACAUAUCCAGAACAUGUCAGAGAUUAAGACAGAUGUGGGCCGAUCGAGGGCCUGGAUCCGUCUGUCUCUGGAGAAGAAACUGCUCUCGCAGCACCUCAAACAGCUGCUGUCGCGACAAGCCUUAACCAGGAAACUGUACAAGCGUUAUGCCUUCCUGCGCUGUGAGGAGGAGAAGGAGCAGUUCCUCUACCACUUGCUCUCGCUUAAUGCCGUUGAUUACUUCUGCUUCACCAGCGUCUUCACCACCAUUAUGAUCCCAUACAGAGUCGUCAUCAUCCCUAUUAAGAAGCUGAGCAAUGCCAUGACCACCUCCAAUCCCUGGGUGUGUGUGUCAGGAGAGCUGGGAGACUCAGGCAUCAUGCAGAUCCCCAAGAAUGUCCUGGAGAUGACCUUUGAUUCUGCUUUCAGGCCUCAUACGCACAUCUCCGCCAUGUUCAAGUGUCAGAAUCUGGGGAAGUUGACCACAGUGCAGCUGGGCCAUGAUAACGCUGGGCUCCUGGCUAAAUGGCUGGUGGACUGCGUCAUUGUGCGCAAUGAGAUUACAGGACACACCUACAGGUUCCCAUGUGGUCGGUGGCUUGGUAAAGGUGUGGAUGACGGCAGCCUGGAGAGGGUCCUGAUCGGAGAGCUGGUACUGCCCAGUGGAGAGGAGGAUUCUGGGAGAGGCUGCUGUACGCCCCCACUACAGCGCUCACCAUCCCAGACCAGACGCAUCAGCAUCACAUCGUUGUCUGGACGAGGAUCCAAACCAACUUCAGCCCAAAUCCAGGAGGCCAUCGGGGAGGCGGUUAACAACAUUGUAAAACAUUUCCACAAGCCAGAAAAAGAGAGAGGCAGUCUGACCGUCCUGCUGUGUGGAGAGAACAGCUUGGUUGCAGCUCUGGAGCAAUUCUUCCAUCAUGGCUUCAAGUCUGCCCGGCUCUUCCAGAAGACUGUGUUUGUGUGGGACUUUGUGGAGAAGGCUGUUGCCUACAUGGAGUCGGCUGACCAGAUGGGAGACUUCCAGGAGACUGCUGAACCCCUGGGGAUGACCUGUCAAUCACUCUGCCGCUAUGUCAAUGCGAUCAACUCCACCCCCAGGAAUAUCGGCAAGGAUGGGAAGUUCCAGCUGCUGAUCUGUCUUGGAGCCAGAGAUCGCCUGCUGCUCCAGUGGCUCCCUCUGCUGGUGGAAUGCCCAGUGAUCUUGCGGAUGUAUGAGGACACAGCCCUGCUCAGAGACCGCACCGCUGUCAACGCCCUCAUUGGAGUCCUGGAGACAUUACACGACUUCCCUAUCACCCUGGAAGCCUUGCUGGUCAAAGGAAUCGACCUUUAGCUGUAGGAGUGAUGAAUGGGCCGCUCUUUGUUUUCUAAAAACCCCUCCUCAUCACUGCCACCAUCAAGUUCACCCUGCUCUGGCCGCUGUUUGCCGAUUGGCUGUAGAAUUAGACGCAUGAUGACAGACAAGAAUCCGAGGAGAACUUUGGAAACCAGAGCAGCAAGUUCCACAACUCCAUGUGAGAAGUCAGGACUUCAAAUCAACCACAAGCUUGGAUGCAGUAUUUUUAUCCCACCGCUGGUUCUGAAAGACUCCGUAAUUAUAGGGCCAGACCAGAGAUUUAUCAUGUUUUACUUCAUUAACUAUGAAUCCCAAAAACUUUACAGCACUGUGCAUUUUUUCAGUACAUCAUGAAUUAGUACAUUCGAGUACAUGCUUCCUCUAUGCUAGGUAGUCUUUGUUUUCAACUUUUUUCAGUACAGUAUGAAAAUUACUGUUGUUCAAUACUUUGACUUCCCUGCUCAUGGCCGUUGAUUCUUCCUGAAACCAUAAGUCAUAGAUAUUUUUAAAGGACCCAGUAAUUUCCUGAAACAGCACGUUCCCAUGGUUUUUAUCUUUACCUAUUUACAUGGGAGGAAGUGCUUCAUUUGUUGUGACUAUCCAAUGGCAGAUUAAUCCACAUGUGGUGCUUCACUGAGUAUUUCAAGCAAACUAAACUACAGUGUGUGUUCCUGGUGAUAAAUGGGCCUGUCACUGAGGACAACAGUGGAGUUCUAUUGCACGGAGGGAUACGAUUUAUCAAAUACUUGUGAAAGUACAACACUGCUGGUUCAAGUUUGUACAUCAGACUCAAUUAAAAAAAAACAGAACAUCUCCUUUAAAUACAACAUCAAGGAGGGUUUUCAAACAGUAAUGGUAAUAUGGAUUAACAGCAUUUUCAUGUUUCUGCCUCAUGAUUUUCAUACUGUCCUGAAAUGAAGUGAAACUGCAGGUGCCUACAAGUAAGAAAAUCAGUGUAAAAUUUUAAAGCAUGCUUUAGAAAGUUUCCAACAGUAGAACCUGUGGAUGUGACAGUACACUGGAUGGGAGACUUUAAAGUUGUAGCUGUUGCAGACAUUUUACUGUGAGCUAGCUGUAGGUAGCCUCACCCUCCUUUGGUAGGUACUAGAUCAUUUCUCCUUCCUUCCCUGCAACUCGCAGGGAAGGAAGGAGACUAGUACCACCGAUCUCGCACUCUAUCUAGUGUGAGUGUUAGCGAGCAUGCUGUUGUGUGUGUAAUAAAGAGACUAACUCAGGAACAGACUGAGCAAUCACUGACACACUGGAAUGAGGCCAAGUGGUGGAAAUAAUGUUUUGUGCGGUGCAGUCAGCAGCUCUCCAUGACUCCUUCAUUUUUCCUUGCUGAAAUUCUACUUGUUUGGCAUUUUUUUCUGCCUGGAGAUGGACAUAAUGAUCUUACUGAUGUGGCUAAGCGCUGAACCUGCUGUAGCUGCAUGGACAUUCCUACCAAAUUACAGUGGCUGCUUUAGGGCGUGUGUGUGUGUCAUACUUCACGGAUGUUUGUGAUUCAGUGUGUGUUUUUUUUUUUUUUUGUUGCCCCUAUUUAGUUUUAGAUCUUCUGAUUUAAAGUUUUCAACGUGUUCUAAUGAUAUGUACUGUAUGUGUGCUAUCUUUGUGAGAACCAGUUUACGUUUCAGAGUGAAGACACUUGGUCACAUUCUGAUUCACCUGUUUGAGGGUUAAACUUAGCUUUAUGGUUAAGGUUAGAAUUAGGUUCAGGUUAGGGUUACAAUAAAAACAUUUAGUUGUGGUUAAGGUGCUAGGGAAUGAAUGAAUGAAUGUCCUCAAAAAGAUGGCCAUACAAACCUGUGUCUGUGAGUGAUUUGUGUGUGCCUCACUCAUUUAUUUUUGAUUUGUGAAACAGUUUCCCAAUUUCAUCAUUUCACAGCUAAAACUUGACAUAUAGCAUAAUCUAAGUUACAGUCAACUUCAGCUGCACCUCCUGGUCUUCAUCCUGGGAGUGAGCUGUCUUAUUCUCUCUCAUGGAGUUGACUCAGCUGUCAUCACAUGAAUGAAAUAUGAGGAACUGAUCAUGUGAGUGAGUGGACCUUGAGAAUUAUUUAACUUUUCCACAAGAUACCAAUCCUCUCAGUCGAUGCAGAGAACAAUGUAGUAGACUCAGUUCUAAUUUCAGUAUCAUACUACAUCAUUCAUGUCUUAUAGAGAAUUUGACCUGGGAAUGCAAAACCUGUCAGUUCUUAGUUUCUGAACAAAGAAAUCUAGAUUCACUGAAUGGUGUGAAAUGUUCCUUUAUGUUUAUGCUUGUAUGAACAGGAGCUUCACAAAAUUACAUUCGCAUAAACAAGACUUCCCUGCAACAGUACAGGAUACUUACAGAUUGAUUCUUAGUAUUGUUUAAAAGGAAUUGUUCAAUAUUAUGCUAGAACAAACAGACUGAUCAAUACCACCUCUGUGUGUUAAGAAUGGAGCUGAAGUUCAUCUAGCUUAGCACAAAGACAAAAGCUAACCUGCCUCUGUCCGAAGAACAGUUUUGUAUCCAUCUAUGCAUCCAAAUUCUGUACAGCAUCACAGCUGAUAACGAAGGUUGCUGCAUACGGUUGCUGAGCACAGCUUUGGGUUUUGGUUCAUCAAACCAAGCUGUAACAAAAAGACUCCUGGAGUUUGUACUAGUCAGUGACUGCAGUUAGCCAAGACAUAGCUCUUAUGUUUCUUGGUAAAAUCACAAACUGUGUCUGUUACAAAUAUGAUAAAAGCAAGACAGAUUUGUAAAUAAUGCAAAACUCCAUGUUGGUAUAGAGCUAGACUAGCUAUCUUCCUGUGCUUCCAAUGUUUAUGCUAAGCUAAUCUAACCUUUUUGAGCCUCUGGCUGUCUUAAACACACAGAACCAUUGGCCCAUCUUCUCAUCUCUCAGAAAGAAUGUAAAUAAAUUUCUCAAAAUAUUAGAACAUUAGAAUUAGUUUGUUAGAGCUGCACAAUAUGCUAAAACAAACAUCCAUUUCUUAAAACGCUGAGCCCUCCUGACCCUGGCUGAAGUACAGAUAGAAAUCUUUAAACACAGAUCAUAAAUAUAUAGUUUGAAUUGCAAAAAAGAUCAGCCAUUUACAUGGACAGCAGUAGUUUUAGCAAACUUUAAUACAAUAUUUUGGAGCACAAGUGUCUUGUGUUUAAAAUACUUGUCUGAUAACCUUUUGAAGAGCUUUUCAGUAAACCUCAGACUCAGGCAGAGGAAUAAUGCAUUUGACUGGUGACUUUUUCUGCAUGAUAUAAAUGCAGCAUAAAGGAUAGAACAGGGUCUUGGUAAUGAAAGGCUAUAAUUGUCCUGUCAACUCUUCAAAACACACUGUAUAUUUUUUGCAGCAGCCUACAGAGAUGUUUAAAACUAUUUUUCUUGGAAAAUAUUUUGUUCCCUCUUGAACACUGACUGCAUGAGAGAUUUUGCUACUGUCACUACUUACUACCAUUCACUAAUGCUUUCUGAUGAAAAUAUUGCAAUUAGUGCAUGCUGACAUUUAGCCUGAGGUCUGGUAUGUGACCUUCUAAAGAAUCCUAGGUGGAGGUGGACAUUUGCAUCCUGUAUUGUAGUAUUAUUUCUGAUCCCAGUAUUGAGUUUGUGACGGACAUAUUAUAUCGGUCACAAUUUACUUUGAAUGUUUUGAUUCAUGUAUUUAUUUAGUAUUAACUGGUGGCUGACUGUCAGCAGCACUGGUGUUUUGAGGUUGGUAAAGCCUGUGGAGUAACUGGAAAUUUACUGGUCUUUAGAGCAGUAACCACUAGUCCCACCUCCUGUGUUUUUAACCCCUGAUGCCUCACCUGCAGGACUUUUCCCUGCUCCAAAACACAGUAACGGAUACCUCCAUCUGGUCCUGGAUAUAUUUAUGUACAAAUUGUUUACUGGUGGCUACAGGGCAGACUCCUGGAGCAGAACAUACAUCUUGAAUGAUCUUCCAACCCAGACUAAUGCACACUUUGCUCUCGGGGCAGAUUUGUUAAGCGCACCUGCCGUGCAGCAAGUGCUGUUAAACCUGACUACUGACAGCUAUGACAGAGGCUGCACUGUAGCAUAAAUAGUUUUGUGUUGUGAUUGAACUGACUGCUCUGUUCUGAUAUUUAUUAUGCCUAUUUCAAUAAAACACCGAGUGUGUUAAAGAUGUCAGUUGA